CAAUCCCGAGCGUCGCCACUACACAUCCCGUCGUCGAUGAAGAAAGAGGCUGGCUGUCAUCCCGAUUGGAUGUAGCAUCUUUCUCCCAGUUUUGAGAGGAAGAAUCGGUGGGGGAUUUCGGAUAAAAUGCCGUCGCUCUUAUUUUGUGGGCCCAAAUUGGCCGCAUGCGGGAUCGUGUUGAGCGUCUGGGGUGUUAUUAUGCUGUCGAUGCUGGGGAUCUUCUUCAGUGCAAAAUCAGCUGUUCUCAUCGAAGAUGUUCCAUUUACUGAGGAAGACAUUCGUAAUGACAAAGAUCCACCGCAGAUCAUUUACGGACUCUACAACCAAGUCGGAAUCAACUGCUUCAUUGCCGCUGCCAUCUAUGUAGGUGUUGGCGCAGUAUCUCUGUGUCAGGUUCGCCUUAACAAGCGCCAAGAGUACAUGGUCACAUAAUUAAAUGUGAAUUCAUCUCAUGUUAUUCCUAAUUAUUUAUAUAUAAAAGACUACUCAACAAUCUAGGAGAGAAAUGAAUCUAUUUGGCAGUUCAGCUUUGGCUCAAGAUUUAAACAAUUGAAAUACUAGUACUGUAAAUGAAUACAAAGCGAAAUGAUUCUUUAAAACAUACAAUAAAUAUGCACAAAUACCUGCUGUGUGCAUAUAUACAUGUUGUGUUGUUAGAUUGACUACACGUUCCCUAUGAUAUAAAUACACAAAAAAAGUUUUGCCUGUACUAUAAAACACUAUGGGUCCAGAUGAUAGAAGCUGGUGUUCAUAUAGGAUUUGUGUGUGUGGUGCACUUUUUUCUUUUUGAAUUGCAAUAUUUAAAUGUUUGUGUGGUGAUUUACAUGUCUGUUACCUCGCAAGCGUUGUGCUGUAUACUUGGCAUUAUCACAACAAUAAAAGUGAACUGAGAAUCUUA